AUGACCAGUACCCCUCUCAACGACGUGCUCGAGCAAGUCCGUGCACUGCUCUCGCACCAGUCUGGUGAAGAAGCAAGUGAGAGGUCUGUGGCCCAUGCUGGUGAAGUCGCCCUCCUCACCCCAGGCGAAGUCUCUGGAUCUCUUGAUGCUGCUGGCGCUCUCAUUGUGAGUGUCGGAAGGUCGCAUCUCAAGCAUGUAGUGGCAAAGUUUGUCGACUUGCUCGACUCGUUCCCCUCGCAAGCUGGUGCUGCAGACUCGUUUACAGGCGCAGCUCCAUCGACUACCGAUCGCAAGGAGAACAUCGAAGACGUGGCCGCCGAUGGCUCGCCGGAAAGUUGGCUCCUCGCCACUCUCACUGCGCUCCUGGCCGAUGCUGCUCAUCCUGUCAAAGGCGGCAAGCGCGGUCUUCGUGCUCUGGCAGAGCUCGAUUCUCCAGUCUAUGAUGCUUUCUUUGUCCGUCUCCACUUUGCCUGCUCUCCCGCCGUCCGCCAUCACGCUGCCCUCGGCCUCGCUGCCCUCGCAGCUGCCGAUCUGGGCAAGGUUGUCAAGCUCUUCACCGACGCUCUGGGCGCCAUGGACAAGAACACCCAGCGCGCGUACGUCUCGUACCAGCGCGCCGUCGCUCGCCUUCCGUUCUCUUUCGCAACACAGGCUCGGACUAAGACUACCCUCGAGUACCUGGCCAUCCUUGCCGCCCGCAUGCCGAGCAUUGACCGUGGUGUCCUCCGUGAGGCUAUCUGCUCCUCGCUCACCACCAUCUUCACCACGCUCAUCCGCGGCCAUCCGACUGCAGUCGCCGGUUACUCGACCGAGUACAUCGCCUUUGAGAAGUCGGUCCACGCCCCGCAGUUCUGGGACCUCUUUGCCAACAUCUACAAGACCGUCACCAAGUGGGCCAAAAAGUCCAAGCACAUCCUCUUUUCCAUCGCGCUGCUGCAGGCCAUGACCACCCUGGCCAAUGCUGCCUUUUACUUUCCCACUCGCGGUGAGGACUGGCUCGCUCUCGCCGCCUCGGCGCUCAAGGACAAGGCCCAUCGUCUCGACGUCCUCGGCUUCAUCCUCGACUACUUUACCACGCUCAACCCGGUCUUUGUCCACGACCAGAUUCCCAUCUUCCAGCGCCAGCUCGCUGUCAUCGUGCCCAAGUUCCUCUCCAAGGCUGCAAAGAACCUCAGCUCUGAAGAGCUCGAGCUUGUGGUUGCCAUUCUCGUCGCCAUCGGCAAGCACCACGUCGACUCGCUCCUGCUCCAUGUCACAGAGGCGCUCUCGCUGCCCAACUACCCGCUUGCCGGCCAGGUCGCCGUCCUCCGCGCUCUUGGCUCGCUUGCCCGCGAUGUGCCUGCAGCGCUCGAGCCCAUCAACACCUCGCUCUUCCCGCUCAUCCAGCCCUUCAUGUCCGAGGAGCGCGACGUGUCCAAGGCUACCGACCUUGCCCUUGUUCGCGCCGCCCUUCGCUGCUUCCCGGUCAUCCACGACCCGGACCCCGCCCGCAAGAAGGCCGUCGUCAAGCGCCUCACCGCGUACGUCCUCCACUCGGACCGCGAGCUUCACUCGACUGCUCUCGUCGCUCUUUGUGACUACAUGCUCCUCUCGCCGGCACACAACCUCAUUCCGGUCGUCAUGGCGCUCUCGCGCGCCCUGCUCGAUCUCUCCGCCGAGCUCGAAGAGACCACCGUCCUCAAGGUCAUCAACAACAUCAUCACCGUCCUCACCUCGUUUGCUCAAGCCCUCGCCGACGAUGCCGUCCGCACUGACGCCGCUGCCGCAGCCGACACUGCCCCGCCUCGCCUCGCCGCCCUCUUCCUUGACGCCAAUGGUCUGCCGCGCACCGACUUUGACGCCCACACCGCCGACGCGGACCCCGGCCAGCUCGCCCGCCUCGCUGCGCCGCGGACCGCCACCCCCUGGUUUCCGGGCAUCACCGCUCUGCUUGUCUCGCCGAGCCUCUGGGACCGCUACUCGGUCUGCGUCUGUUGGGCAUGGUGCCGGCUGGUCGAGCGGCUGACCGGUGUCCACUCACCGGACGACUUUGACUCGCGGCUCUCGCUCGGUGCCGACCAUUUUGUCGGCCUCACUCUCUACAUGACCAUGGCGCUCCGCUUCCCGAAAACGCUUGACGACGAAGAAUCGACCUCGAUGAGCCUCCAUCUCGUCGAGCGCAUGGUCUUCUACGUUCUCAAAAACAUGCUUUCGGCAGACGAUGCCCGCGCUCUUGCUGGUGCAAACGCCGUCUUCAACGUCCACCCCUCCGGCUGGGAGUACGCCCUCAAGUCGAUCAAGGCUGCCGUCGCCGCCAAAGAAGCCAAGGCCGACGCCAAGGCCGACGCCGGCUCCGGCCCACCACCGUCGCAAGCCGACCAGGAGGCCGCCGCCGCCGCCGCCGCACGCGCCGCCGCACGCAUUGGCGUCCACAUUUCGUACUACUCACUGCCGGUGGUCACCAGCCUCCUCGCCGCCCUCCUCGAGUCGCUUCCGGACGAUGUCUUUGCUGUCAACGUGCCCAUGUACGCCCUCUAUCACGACGUCAUUCAGGUCUGGCUUGAUCCGGCCCACCUGCAGCUCUUUGACCCAGCCUCGCUAGCCACCAAGGCCUCGGCUGCCUCGCUUGUCCGCCAGUACAUCCUGCGGACCGAUGGCCUGCAGGCCCAUGCUGCCCGCGCUACGCUCUCGUCGGCGGGCAUUGUCUCGCGCCCACGCUCGCUUUUCCAGUUUCUUUACAACAUGUUGUACCCAGGUGAGCUGACCGCUGCCACGCCAUCGGUGAGCGGUGCAUCAGCUGCCGCUGAUCCCGACGCCACCCGUGCCUCGCUCGCUGCUGCUGCCUCUGCACAUGCCCGCUCCCGCGCUGAAGGUGGCGCUCAGAGCGGCUCACCUGACGCUCAGGCCCUCGUCUGUCGCGUCGUUGCCGCCGUCUCCGCCAUGCUCCAGGUCGGCCCGCUUGGCGACAGCCAACUCGAGAAACAUGUCCUCAAGUUUGUCUCAGACCAUCUCUACGCCCGCGGCGAGAUAGGCUACACUCAGGCCGUCUGCGAGGAGGCACUCAUGUGGUUCCUCCGCCACAACCCUCGUCACGCCCCGCUCUUUGUCAAGUUUGUACUUGCCGAUCGCCCCUACAAGGCUGCUGCUGCCGCCGACAAGUCUGUGUCGAACCGCUCGUCGCGCGGCAAGUCGCCACAGCAGGCCGACGGCGUCCCGCCGCACUGGCCGGCGGCCUUCAAGAUCGCCUCGUACAACGCGCUGGUAACCAACAUGGCCCACGCACCAUCGGAAUGGCUCGCCCGCGUCCCAGUCGCCAAGCUCAUGGUUGUUGUCCUCAUCACCCUCUCGUCGCCGCAUGUCCUCAUCCGCCAGAUUGCGCUCCGCCUCGCAGUUCUCCUCGCCAAGGCUUCGCGCAACGGACUGGUUGUACUGUGGACCUCCGACGGCCCGUGCGACUCGUCGCCGGCUCUGGAUCUCGACGCCGGUCCCGCGCUCCCGCUGGACGCCGGUAGCUCGGAAGAGGCCUCGGCGUAUCUUGAGGCUGCGGUGCGGUACGCCGCAGCGCUCGCAGAGCGUGCGCCCAAGCUCACCGCACCACUUCUUGUCGAGCUUAUGGAGUGGCAUGCUCCGGUUGCGCACGCCGUCGAGCUCGGCGGCAACGGCCCGGCCGGGGCGUACGCCCGCAUGCUCCGGACCUUUGCCCCGUUUGCAGGCACUGUCCCGCGCCUUGUCCGCGCCGGCGUCCUCGCCUCGACUCAGGACGUGUGGGCCAUCCUUGCUUCGCUCUUUGCUCUCACCAAGGCUGUCCUGCCCUACGGUCGUGCCCUCGACUUUGCGCUGCAGGAGCUGUGGUGCCUUGCGGUCGUCGAGCACACCGCAGGCAUCGGCAGUGGCGGCGACUCGCGCGCGCAGCCCGCCACUCCAGGCUCGCCGGCCUCGUACCGCGCCCGCGCCGCGGCCCCAGGCGCAGUCGUCGCUGUCUUUGCCAAGUUUCUGCUCGCGCGAACAGCGGCGCCAAUGCUGACCUCCGACGCGCCGUGCGGCAUUGCGCCGGCAACAACCUCCGGUUCCGCAAAAGUUGACAACGCCGCAGCCCGCGCCGUCGCUCACUACCUGGCGCGGUCGUCGUCGGCGGCGUUGUUUGUCGACGCGUUGUUGGAAACGGUGCUGGCGCCCGGCCGCGAGCUUGUGCCUCCAGGUGCCGAGUCGACCGCGGUGGCCUGGGCCGAGUGGUUGGCGAGCGUCCCGUCGCGCGAGGGCACCGACCUUGUCACUCGCGGUCUGCUCUUGCUUGGUGCAGUGGUGGCAACAGAGUACGGCAUGGCCUCGAUAUUGCGUGCGCGUGUCCACCUGCUUCACCUCUGCCUCCUUGUCCGCGGUGUGCUGGACGCUGCCGACGCCGGUACCGAGGCCGAGCCGCUUGCGCGCUCGCUGCACUACUCGGUCGACACCAUCAUUGCCGUCCUGCUGAAGGCUCAGCUCGCGGCGACUUCGGCGAUGGCCGACGUGGCGGCCGAGCUUGCUUGGGUCGACGCGGUCUUUCUCCCGCCGUCAGCUCUGGCGGCCCGGACCUCGCCGUUGGCCGUCGAACCCCGCCCUGGCUCUGCCGCAGCUUCGGGUUCCGGGCCAGCCGCCACCAUUGUGGCCGUGGUUGACAAACUCCGCGCCAUCAGUGAGCGCGGCAAAGAUCUUGUCGAGGACUGGGCUGACGCCGCUAUGCAGUGGGGACUCUCGCGGUUCUGUGCGCCGCUGGCGGGUCUCUCCCUCAAAGUGUACGCGACGCUGGUUGCCGGCGAGAGCGAGGGGGUGCUUGCUGACGACGUUGCGCCCGCAGUCCUUGUGCUCGGCCAUGUGCUCGCCGACGAGAUGGAGCAGUGGCGGCCGCCGCGAAGUGCAGAGCUUGGCGACAAGCAGGCGGUGUGCGCGGCGGCCGUGGCUGGCCUGGUUGCGCUGGUCGGCUGCGGGCCGGAGCCCGGCGCGAGUGCGGCCGUGGUGGGUGCCAUCGGCUCGUUUUGCGUCUCAGCUCCGUUUACCGCGCUCUUUGCAGCCGGUCUGCAGCUGGUCGGGUCUGCCCUCAAAGUGGCCACUGUGGACGACCACACUGUUCUCGACUAUAUGGUCUCGCAGUGGGGCCCGGACGCGGCGGCGUAUCUCUCCAUCGGCCUCCUCAACGGGCUCUCGGUCUCUGCGCUCCAGGACCAAACCAUGGAACUGAUGGCGUCGCUGUCUGCGCAGCUGGGCCCGGGCGACGACGGAUCAGAGGACGCCCCGCGGAUGUUUGUUGUGGCGCUGUUGGUCCAUGCGGCGCGGGCCAUGGCCGAGCGCUCGCAGCUCAAGAGCUCGGCGUGGGUUGAGCGUGCGACGGCGCUGACACGGGCCACUCUUGGCGCCAAGAGCGUUGUGGGCGAGAGCCUGACGAGGCUGCUGGGCGAGUGGCAGAGCGGCUCUGCCGAUGAUCCCGCGUUUGCCAACGCGCUCCUCGACGCGGUGGCGCAGCUCUGGCCGGGCUACGCCACGUACGGCUUUGUCCUUGUUGUUCUCCGCCAGCUAGCCGAAGACGGGCCGGUAGGCUGGCGCUGGCCGGUCCUCCGGCUCCUUCACGCCGCGCUUUCUCGCUACGCCCACUUUGAGCUUUCGCCGAGCCAGUACGAGGAUGUGGCCGAGCUUGUCGUGGCCAACUCGUUCUCGCACGACUCGCGAAUGCACGACAUCCGUGCCGAGCUUCUCCGCUACCUCUUCCGCGUCCUUCCUGACCUAGACACCGACGCGGUGCCUGGGCGGGUCUUCAACUUUGUCCGCGCCACCCCACUCGAGUACACGCCCGGCUGGUCGUCGGCCGACGCUGCACUCCUGCCACACUUUAGGUACAACGCCUCGCUCGCAGGUGUCCUUCAGCUCCUCGGCCCGUACCUUGGCUCGCUUGAUGCCCGGCUGCAGCAGCCGCGCGGCGUGCCUGUUCCGGACGUCAAAGUUGCCGAGACCACAACUCGUGCCAGGCGUAAGGAGAAGGGGAAGGCCAAGGCCAAGACCAAGGGUAAGGGUCUGGGUAAGAGACAGCGCAAGGACAAGACCGAUGCUGAGAUGGUGCCCGAGACUGUGGCUGGCGCCGAUGCCGAGGCAAAGACCGAGGUGGCGGUGGGCGGGAACGAACAUCGAGUCUAG